UGUUCCUUUAGAGGCUGGAGACCCGCACUGUGUUAACCAGAUCGGUCUCAAAUUGAUGGUGUCAGUAGUUGUAGGUAGACUGUAGGUGUGAGUUUCCAAGACCGGCUCUGUGUUUCAGUGCUUACUUGUAUUAAGAACUUGUUCAAUUUGAGGCAAAUUUUAGACUUUUCGCUGCCUCCAGAGUGGCGAUUAGGAGUUAGGACAUUUGCUUGUGUGGAAUAUGCCUAGUGAUUAACCCAGAUUGGUAACGGUUUUAGAUCUAGCCAGCUGGUAGCCAUGAGCGAAUGGAUCAAGAAGAGCCCCUUAGAAUGGGAAGAGUACGUUUAUAAGGAAGUCAGAGUGACAGCCAGUGAGAAGAAGGAGUAUAAAGGAUGGCUCCUAACCACAGACCCAGUCUCUGCCAAUAUUGUCCUCGUGAACUUCCUUGAAGAUGGCAGAUUGUCUGUGACUGGAAUCAUGGGACAUUCUGUGCAGACUGUGGAAACUGUGAAUGAAGGGGACCACAAGGUACGAGAGAAGCUGAUGCGUUUGUUCACGUCUGGAGAUUGUCAAGGAUUCAGCCCUGAAGAUCUGGAAAAGAAAAAGAGCAGCCUAAGGAAAUGGCUUGAGAAGAACCACAUCCCUGUCACUGAGCAGGGAGAUGCACAGAGGACUCUCUGUGUGGCCGGGGUUCUGACUAUAGACCCGCCAUAUGCUCCAGAGAACUGCAGCAGCUCUAACGAGAUCAUCCUGUCCCGUGUUCAGGAUCUUAUUCAAGGACACCUUUCAGCUUCCCAGUGAGAGGCCGGCACUACGAGCACACUGACCCAAAUGACUUACUUCACUGUUGGGUUUUGUAUUAAAUGCUUGGAAUGUAAGUUGGUCACAUUAUAGUACUUCAUAAGCACAC